AUGCCUGGCUUCAGCAAAAAACGUGGAAAUAAUUGUGAGAAAGAUGAGAAUGCUACCAUUGCUAGUGUUCAAAAUAUUGAAGAUUUGGACAUUAUAUUGUCCGAAUGCUCUUGUCAAUGUUGUCAAAACCUUCAAACAAAAACCGGAAAGCGGAAAAUGGUCAAACAAAAAGGGAGACAAGGCAAAUCAAAACUAUUUCGAAGGUGUAAAAGUUUGGACAGCGAUGAGACGAAUUUUUCUGAAGUGGGCGAAUUAAAUGUUAAAGACUUUAAUAAAAACGAAAUCAUGGAAAAAUCUGGAGAAAUUGAACCUGAAACGUGCGCUGAUUUAGACUCAGACUAUGUUAUGUGUUUUGACUUUUUGUCGGAUGAAAGUGAAGGCGAUAGCGAUAAUUUGACUCUUAAAAGUGACUCCGGCUCCAGAUUUGGAAAUUACCAAACUUUGACAGAUUCCUGGGACCCAUGGAAUGGCUCUACUAUACAGAUUGGCAUUUCCGCAAAUGUCGAAGAAGAGCCGUUCAUGUGGAAUUUGCCUAGAAUGCCAUAUCAGAAACUUUUACAAAGUCUGGGAAAUAUAAAAGCACGAAGCAAUUUGACAGUGUAUUUUCAAGAAUGUAAAGGAUUUUGGGGUCAUACAGGAGAUGGUUGUUUGUGGUGUAAGGAGGGUGAAAGAAAACCCUUAUAUAAACGAUGA